AUGUUAGAUCGAACCACGCGUCUGGCUGCAGUCACUGAGCUCGACUGGUGGCGCCUCCUUCCUCUCGUCCAUUCGCAUCGGCUUGGCAUCGGCACACGAAGCAAUGCGCCGCUGCGCUCCAGCUGCCUCGCCAGCAUCGCCACCAUGGACGGUCGCUCGGCCGGUCCAGAUCCACCGCCAGAUCCGCAUGCCGUCCUCCAGCAGCUCAUAAGACAGGCCGAAGCGCGCACAUCCUCGUCGCCUUCCAGCUCGCAACGCAACGGUCAAGACCACGACGAUCACAGCAAUGUCCCAUCUCCAUCCAGCGAUGCUUCGUCGCCGCAGGCAGCCGAAGAGCCCCCACCUGGGCUGCUGCCUUACGAGCACAUCUCUGCCAUCAUAGCCUCGCUCUCGGCCGAUCGACGCGAGCUCACCACUCUGCUCCGCCAACGCAAGCUGCUCCACACCGCACACCAGCGCAACACGGCGCACCAGCACUCGCUCGAGCGCUCACUCGCCCUCCUCGCCAAGACGCGCGACGAGCUCAAAUCCGCGCUCGGCUCGCUCGACCUCGCCGACAUCGUGGACGCAGAGGAUCAGUCUCUCGAAGUCAUUCGCACGCACCGGCUCGCCGAAGACGCUGCGUCCGUCUGCCCUCUGCCACCCGCAGCCGUGCAGCAGAUACCUCUUUUACGUUUGCAGUCCAUCGAGCGCGCCGAAUUCGACAACGCCCUCGCCUCGAGGAUGUGGAUCGACAUGGAGGACCAGCAGAUCCGCGCCGCCGUCAAAGCAUCCGCGCUCAAGGCGCACACCAUCGAGCUCAGCACCGAUCCCAACUUCCACGGCGACCCACUCGCUGCUGCAGCUGGUCUCGACGACGAUACCGUCUUUCGCCUCGCAGAACAGAUCGAGCUCUCGGCUCAAACUGCCCCUUCGCGUGGGGCGACAGCAAAAGGGCUCGACUGGGCCACCAUCGCCGGUCGCGUAGAUGGGCGCACCAUCGACGAGGUGCGCACCCGAUGGAACGGCCAUCUCCGCCCGGGCGUCAACAAUGCACCAUGGCCGAAGGAAGAACUCGACCAACUCAUCAGUAUCGUCAUGCCGCACUUGAGCGCGCACCUGAGCCGAAACAAAGACUCGAACUCUGGCGUCUCGACACAAGCACAACCACCGCACGAGCUGCCCGUCCCGUGGCAGAGAGUGACAGAUGAGCUUCGCACAGGUCGCACCGCCUAUUCCUGCUUUGCCGCAUUCUGCGAGGCGUUGGUGUCUCGCGAUCAACCCGAGGUGGAGCCCGUGGAAGACGAGGAGAGCAAGGUGCUCUUCAGCCUCUUCCGCGGCGCCUGGCGGCUCAUGACACUGCACAGCUCCGCCACUCCCAACGCGUCUGCCUCGGCCUUGCUUCCCCCCACGGCGUCGGGAUCCGACAACAAGGCGGGUGCGUCGUCUCGCUCGGCGUCGAUCUUGGGCAAAGUGGCCCGGCAUCCGCAAUAUGCCUACCGGCGAUUCCGCAACACCAUCGAUCCCGCCAUGGCCACGGGCAAGUGGUUACCGCACGAAGACCUGCUUCUCAUCGAGGCGGUGCGUCUGCUCGGCGCGGACAACUGGGGUCCGGUGGCAGCACGUGUGCCCGGUCGCACCACACAUCAGUGCCGCGAACGCUGGGUGCGCAGGCUCAAGCAGCUCGUAGCCUCCGCCGACACCGCCGCGACCACCCACGCCCAAGCUGGACCCAAAACGACUCCCGCAGUCCACGCGCAGUUCGACGUUACGCAGCUCAAGGACCUGCUGGCAACGAGCCGCAAGGUCAAGUGGACACCGGAGAUGGACCACGUGCUGCUUGGCUAUGUCGACGCAGCGCAGGAUUACCGGAGCAGGGACGCGUCGACGUUCGGACGCAUCGCGCAGCUCGUGGGUGCUAAAGUGGGCGUGGCGCUGUCGGACAAGAACGUCCGCGAUCGGCUCGUCUACUUUCGCCGUCAACGCGAUUCGGCCAUGCAAAAGACAGACACGGCGUCCGAGGCGGGCAGUGCAGCCGCUGGGCCAGCUAAGCGCGCGGCGGAAGGAGUUGCGACAGAACCACGCGACGAGGCAGAGAUGUCCAGUGGCAGUCGGGUCGGCGCUGGUGAGGCUCGUGACGAGAUGCCAGCACGCACCGCCAUCAUGCCCGGUAGCAAGCGGCAGAAGCAGGUGUGA